AUGACUUGGCCCGACGUCUCCGCUAAGCCCGCCGAGGGCAUCUCAUACUACACCCCUGCCCAGAGCCCCCCGGCAGGCACAGCUCGCACUCCCCAAACGAGCGGAAAGCCCAUUCCCAAGAUGUUCAAGCCUCUCACCGUCAGGGGCGUGACUUUCCAAAACCGCCUAGGUAUGGCGCCCAUGUGCCAAUACAGUGCUGAUGAUGGCCACAUGACCGCGUGGCACAUAGCGCAUUACGGCGCCAUUGCCCAGCGCGGACCCGGACACAUUAUCAUCGAAGCAACCGGUGUGGUCCCCGAGGGCCGUAUCACCCCCGGCUGCGUAGGCCUCUGGAAGGACUCGCAGAUCGCGCCACUUAAGCAGAUCGUUGAAUUUGCGCAUAGCCAGGGCCAGAAAAUCGGUAUCCAGCUCGCACACGCAGGCCGUAAGGCGUCCACCGUAGCACCUUGGCUUGGUGGUGUUGUCGCGAACAACUCUGUCGGCGGUUGGACCGAUAAUGUCAAGGCUCCUAGCGCUAUUCCCUUCGCCGAGGGCGAUCCUACCCCUAUUGCUAUGACCCAGGAUGACAUCGCUGAGGUUAAGACUGCCUGGGUUGCGGCUGUUAAGCGUGCUAUCACUGCUGGCUGUGAUUUCAUCGAGAUCCACAACGCUCACGGAUACCUCCUCUCUUCGUUCCUUAGCCCUACCUCCAACCAGCGCACCGAUAACUACGGUGGCAGCUUCGAGAACCGCAUUCGUCUGUCCUUGGAAAUCGCCCAAUUGACCCGUGACACUGUCGGUGACGAUGUUCCCGUUUUCCUGCGUGUAUCUGCUACCGACUGGCUUGAGGAGAGCCUCCCGGCUGAGAAAGGCUGGAAGGUUGAGGACACGGUUGAGUUCGCUCGUGCGCUUGCUACGCAGGGCGCUAUCGAUCUUAUCGAUAUUAGUACCGGUGGUUUGCACACUGGUCAGAAGGUCGCCUCCGGUCCUGCUUUCCAGGUUCCUCAUGCUGCUGCUGUCAAGAAGGCUGUUGGUGAUAAGCUGCUUGUUGCUGCUGUUGGUAUGAUUAACAACGGAAACUUGGGAGACAAGAUUCUGAACGAGAAUGAUCUCGAUAUUAUUCUUGUUGGCCGUGCCUUCCAGCGUGAUACCGGUCUCGCUUGGCAGUUUGCUAAGGACUUGGAUGUUGAGAUUGCUAUGGCUGGGCAGAUUCGUUGGGGUUUCACCAGCUUCCGCAAUGCUUCUGAGUAUAUUCAGCCCAACUCUAUGAAGGCUUCCAUUUUUGAUUAG